AUGGAGUCAAGUCCGCAAGCCGAGCUGAACGAGUCAAACAAGAAUCUCGCUUCGACCGUCGGAUCCGGAAAUAGCGGGAUCGACAGCUACACGUGGACGAGAUACACGGAGGAGGCUGCGAUCUACUUCGGGAGCAAAAACAGAGUGAAGUUCUUCUUCUUGUCUUUAGAUAUUCUGAUAUCUUUUCUCUACAAUCUUAUCAUUGAUCUUCGAGAUAACCCUAGAAAGCUCUUAUCUUUCUAG